GUCUGCUUUUCGUUUUCCAAAAUUGCAAGAAAGGUAUUGCCCGACAACGUGCAGGUGUUAGAGGGAACUAGACGCGGUUUUGUUUUAACUGAGUUGAUUGAAUUACUCUUUGACAGUUUAGACUUAUUAAUAAAUCUGUUGUUGGAAACAAGCAGUUUCCAUCUGUAGUACUUAGUCAGUAUGGGAGUUCCAGCAUUUUUUAGAUGGCUCACGGUGAAAUAUCCUUCUGUUAUUUGCGACUGUAUCGAGGAGAAGGUCAGACAUGGUCCAGAUGGAAAAGCUUUGCCAGUUGACGUUUCCAAACCAAACCCAAACGGGGUUGAGUUCGACAAUCUGUACCUGGACAUGAAUGGCAUCAUUCAUCCGUGCACACAUCCUGAGGAUAGGCCAGCUCCAAGAAAUGAGGAUGAAAUGAUGGUUGCCAUCUUCGAAUGUAUUGAUCGUAUGUUUGCCAUUGUUCGCCCCAGAAAACUAUUGUACAUGGCUAUUGAUGGAGUGGCACCGAGGGCUAAAAUGAACCAACAACGUUCCCGCCGAUUCAGAGCUUCUAAAGAAAUAGCCGAAAAAGUAAUGACCAUUGCUACAGUCCGAGAAAGUCUUGUGGCAAGAGGGGCAUAUGUUCCAUCGGAGAAAAGCAAAGGAGAACAUUUCGACAGCAAUUGCAUCACUCCGGGCACGCCAUUUAUGCACAGACUGUCAGCCUGCUUGCAUUAUUAUGUGCAUGAUAGGUUACGCAACGACCCUGGUUGGAAAAACGUUUCUGUCAUCCUCUCAGACGCCAACGUUCCUGGAGAGGGAGAACACAAAAUCAUGGACUAUAUUCGCCGGCAGCGAGCUCAACCCAGCCACGAUCCUAACACCAGACAUGUCCUGUGCGGUGCUGACGCAGAUUUGAUCAUGCUCGGGUUAGCUACCCAUGAGCCGAAUUUCACUAUUAUUCGUGAAGAAUUCAAACCAAACAAACCUAGACCAUGUGAAAUUUGUAACCAGAUAGGUCACGAUCUGAAUGACUGUCAAGGGGCGGAGCGCACAAAGUAUGGAGAGAACGACGAAAUCGGGCCCAAUAUAGCAGCCGAGCAGAACUACAUAUUCGUUCGCCUCUACGUGCUUAGAGAGUAUCUGGAAAGGGAGCUGCGGAUGCCUAAUUUGCCGUUUGAGUAUGACUUGGAACGUGCCAUAGACGAUUGGGUCUUCAUGUGUUUCUUCGUCGGCAACGACUUUCUACCUCAUCUUCCGUCAUUAGAAAUUCGAGAAGGUGCUAUUGACCGACUCGUAAAUCUCUACAAAGAUUGUGUCUACAAGACUAAGGGAUGGGUGACAGACAGUGGGUUCGUCAACUUGGAGCGAGUGCAGAUUAUUCUAUCACAACUUGGACAUGCCGAAGACGAAAUCUUCAAAAAACGUCAAAAGGACGAACUCAGUUUCAGACAACGUAUGAGAAACAAGAACAGGAGAUUUGGAGGGGGUGAAGGAAGCCGACCCGCACAUCUACCUCAAGGUCAAUUUGCACCUCGUGCUGUCGGCAGAGGAUUUAGCAAUCCAAGCAUUACAAAUGCCCACCAAGAAAUUCUUCAAGGCCGCCAACAAGCGCAGAAUACAGAAGCCGCCAUAAAAUUAAAGGCAAUGUUGCGGUCAGCGACUGACGAAGUUGAAGUCGUUGAAAAAGUUGAAGUUACAGUACAGAGGGGCGCUUCAAACAAUGAACAGGGAGUUAAGCGCAAACGAGAUGACGACGACGAAGAUGAUUUCAGCCACGACGAAGUGCGGUUGUGGGAAGAUGGAUUCAAGGAGAGAUACUAUGAAAGUAAAUUCGCCGUUCCGCCCACUGAUGAAGAAUUUCGGUCCAAAGUCGCCCUCGAAUAUGUCAGAGGAUUAUGCUGGGUUCUCCAGUACUAUUAUCAGGGUGUUCCAUCAUGGAAAUGGUAUUUCCCGUACCACUACGCUCCUUUCGCUUCAGACUUUUUGGAUAUUUCUUCUGUAAUAACUAUUUUUAAGAAAGGGACCAAGCCAUUCCGUCCUCUGGAACAACUUAUGGGCGUCUUUCCUGCGGCCAGUCGGUCUCAUGUUCCUCAGCCUUGGGGAGAACUGAUGGUUGAUCCGGAAUCUCCAAUUAUUGACUUUUACCCGGAAGACUUCAAAAUAGAUUUGAACGGCAAGAAAUUUGCCUGGCAAGGCGUUGCUCUUUUGCCUUUCGUUGACGAAAAGCGCCUGAAGAAAGCCGUCAAGUCUCUUUUUGAUGAACUGACAGAAGACGAAAAACGUAGAAAUGUCCUUGGAGAAAAUCAGAUUUUCGUGGGCAAACACCACAAAGGCUACGACUUUAUGCGAGGUUUGGCCGGGGAAGUUGCGAACAGUGCCGACGAAGAAUUUGUUGCUUUCAAGAUGGAAUCUUCCUACUUUAGUGGCAUUUCGGGGUUGGUGUUUGCCUCCGAGAAGUGCGUUGUGGCUGGAGAAACGCUUGAAUCUCCCGUUCAAGGACUGGAACCCAUUUAUGACUGCCACGUCGUUUGCUUAAAUUAUCGCGAUCCAAUGCCGGACGACAUACAUUUCAAAUAUCCAGCUUGCCGCUUAGAAGGAGCCAUAGUCCCUAAACCUGAAUUGAAGCCACAAGAUUUUGACGAAAGUAACAGCGGACCUUGGAGACCACAGAUUGGAAUGUCACGUUCAAACCAAAGAGGACAGCUUCAUACUGCUGGUCAUCGUAUGCUGGGACAUCACUCGCGUCCAAGACCUUAUACUCCUGCACCAUUCCCGCCAAGAGGGGGAUCGGGACCUCGUCCAAUGGGUGGACCUAUGUCUUCAGCGGCUGCGUAUUUUGAUUCUUCGGACCAACACCAGAUGUCGCGUGGAGACCAUCGAGGAGAUUAUUCAGGACGAGGUCGCGGUGGACACGACGAUCGGAAUCGAUCAAACGACGGCGGCCGCUCUAGUUGGGGUGGCGGCGGUGGUGGCGGCGGAGGCAACGCCUAUGCUCCUCCCAACGACUAUCACAGACAGCAGCAACACGGACGAGGCGGCGGCGGCGGAGGAUACGGCUACGAUCAGCCAAACAGAUUCAGCGGUCCACCAGCUACGAGUAACGUCCGCGGAGGAGGCGUCGGAAAUCACUACGGCGGGUUCCAGCAAGGUCCUCCACAGCGACCCCCACCACCUCGGCAGGGAAACCCUCCUGGAUCAUCGGGGUACGGAUACUACACUUCCGGUUACCAAGGGAAACGCUUUUAAAACAAAAAGAUUUGACGGCUGACUUCAUCGCGUAGUUUGAAAUUUCUGUGGGAAAGAGAAACUUAUCGCAAUGUCAAAAAAUUAUCCAAACUAAAAAUUCGAUUAAAAUUCGGCGUUACAUACACUUGAUUUUCAUACUCGUC